UCGGAAGACAACCGCCAAAGGUACAUUGAAUUCAAUCUAACCGUACCGUAUUUGUAUGUCAGCCUGGCGUAACACCGGCCAAAGUGUUACGGUGAAUUGAAUCAUGGGCGAUUUCAUGGUGCACAAUUGCAUCACUUGUUUACUGCCGUCAAUUUUCCGUCAGGCCCCGCAUUGCUUGGUUGCAUCAUUGCCAAUCGGUGUCGAAUGGAUGACGGCUUGCCACAACACGUCUGCCUACCCGCCGUGUCUCACCAACCUCCACCGCUCGAAUUUUUUGAAUCACUCAUUAUUUCUACCGGAUGAACUUUUACACUUUUUAUUUUUACACCAAGUGUCAUUCUUUUAAACAGUUUUUUUUUUAUUUUAAUUUAUCCCUAAGGGUGUGUGCUUACGGGCCCCAAAGAGGUGACAGGUUUCGGACGCUCUGAUUGGACGACAAGAUGGGAGCAGGAUCCCUCAAGUGUUGGUGCGUCUUCCGAGAAGGACUUUUCCAAUCAUUUGUUGAUGCUCAAGCUCCGCAUCCAGAAGCCUCAGAUUGAUUUAUCGAUUCACUGACUGGUCCUACUCCCCGCCAUGAAUUUUCUCUUCCUCAACUCGUCGGCCCUGUUCAUCUCCCAGCGGCUCGUCAACGCCACGCCGCGGGAGCAGACGGUGUACGAGGGCUGCCGCGACAUGCCGGCCGUGCUCAUCUGGUAUCUUGGCCUGCAGUUUGUCAAUAUGUUCCUGGGCAUCCCGGCCAACAUCAUGGUCCUGUGGCUCAUCCACAAGAACAAGGGCGAUUCGUCCACGUCGGACAUCUUCAUCCUCCACUUGGCCAUUCUGGAUGUGCUCUUCUGUCUCAUCCCACCGCUGGAGCUGGCCAAUAUUGUGUUCCUCACCACCAGCAGCACCUGGUACGUGUUGCGCUUCUUCUACGGCAUGAAGGACUCGUCGCCGCUCUUCCUCUCCUGCAUCUGCCUGGACCGCUACGUGGCGGUGGUGCACCCCAUCACCUUCACUGAACUCAAAGACCGUCAACACCGGGCCGGCCUGGCCAUGCUGGUGUGGCUCAUCACGCUGGCCUACGCCGCCGCCAAGUGUGUGGGCAACAUCGUCAACUUUGAGAAGGUUUUCACCGCCAUGAUCCUGGGCGCCUUUGCCUUCAUGGUGUUCUGCAACAUCGCCAUCCUAUGGGUGCUGCGCCAAUCCGGGCCCGGCCGAGACGAGAUGCACCCGGUGAAGAAGCGAGCCUUCAAGAUGGUGCUCAUCAUCCUUGCCAUCAUCGUCUUCAACUACUUCCCACCGGUGGCGCUGUUCCCCUUCCAGGACUACUUCUCGCCCGAUGUCUUCCGCUGUUACAUCCAUUACGUUGCCUUUGGUCUGAUGGACUUCAGCAGUAGCAUCCAGCCCAUGCUCUACCUGUCUAAGGAGAAGGUGGCAUGUCCUGGUUGCUGCGAAGGCAACAUCACGCACCUUCAGUAGCUUCUGUGUUGUGAAUGUAGUUGAGAGAUUAGAAUUUUGAGUAAAGUGCUGAUGUUAUCGUAGAUUCAUUAGAUGGAUGCACUUAAUAUUGUGUUCAUUUUGAUUGUGCAUAAUUGGAUGUAUUUUAAACCAUGUAUGUAAACAAAAACAGUGCAGUAUGGUUUUGUGGAUUUCCUGCAUCGUAUAAAAUUGUGUUUAUCAAAACAUACCAUAUGCAAUAAUUACAAUAAAACGGGAUUUCCUUUUUGAGAAAACACUGUCAAAAAUAUCACAUUGUGCUGUACAAUAAACGUAAGCAACGA